AUGGCAAGCCAAGCUGACAAGCCAAGCGAUGGAUCCGUGAGUGAUCAACCACAGGUAAAGAUCAAGAGUGAGCCGGUUGAGACCGGGCUUGGCGUCAGGAACAAUACCGGAACACCUAAAGAAUACGGCAAGACCGACGAUGCCGACGGUUCUGAUCUGGUCUCUCCAAAAGGGGAGCCCAACGACGACGAUGGUAAUGGCAGUGACAGCCAGGGUGGUGAUAAAAGCGACGGAGAAUCUGAUGAUUCAUACCAGCCGGAAGAAGAUAGGCAGCCAGUUCUUGAAGAACAGUCCAAAGGAAAAGCCAAGAGCCAAGCAGAGGAUCCAGGGAAAGCCCACCGUCCCAGGACCCCCAAAGAGUACUGGCUCCUGCAGCUACAGAAAGACCCAGACUGGAACGAAAAAGCAAAGGAGGCUUUGGUCAAGCAGCUCAAAAACAAGAAGAAGGGCGGAAAGGCGUCUGCCAAAGCACAAACAGGAGGGAGUCUACUGGCGGGCCACAACACAAGGCCGGACAUGGAGGACGCCAAUGCUUCGGUCAUGCCAGGAUCCAGCGCUACCACGCACGCUACUCAAUUCAAGUUUCUCCGAAGAUGCAUGCCUCCAGGUGGCGAUACCCGUCGAUCAUCGAAUCAAUUGAAAGACCUCAAGAUGGGUGUCCAAAGCUUUGGUUUUCAGAAGCUGACAACGAAAGGCGACAGGUGGUAUCAUAAAUCCAUGAAGGCAGGAUUAAUGAGCUAUCAGGUCCCAGUCACAGCGUGGAUGAAUAGGCGCGAAGUACUCGGACAGCCUCAUGGUGGACUCGUUGCGGACGAGAUGGGCAUGGGCAAGACCAUCGUGACUCUAUUCUGCAUGUCUACGAAUCCACCGGAGGGAGAAGACCUCGAGAACUAUCGCAAGGCCACGUUGGUUGUUGUACCAAACCUCACAGUGGCCGGAGAGUGGCUCGACAAGACGAACCAGCACUGUAGCGAAAAGAAUGCCAUGACAGCAACCAUCUACAGAUCGAGCGAUGCGAUGAGUGAAGAGACACUUGUCAACCGAUUCAUGGUCUUAACGACGUACAACACCUUGUUAAGCCAGCACCCAAGCAUCGUGCGGUACCAGGAAAUCGAGCAACGAUGCCACGGAAAUGAACAGUGCAUUCGGGACAUGGUGGCGGCUGAAUCAAAGGUUCUUUUCAAGAUCCCGUGGUACCGCGUUGUCCUCGACGAGGCACAGCAGAUCAAGAACGGGAAAUCUAUCACCGCUCGAGCUUGCUGGAAUCUUCAAGCCAAGAAUCGGUGGUGCCUGAGUGGCACGCCGUUGGCCAAUGCUCCCAAAGAAUUCUUUCCUUACCUCGAGUUUCUGAAGUACAAUAAUCCACAAACAGAGAAGGAUUUCGCAGGUAAACAAGAGCCGCCGGAAGACAAAGUCAUGGAGCUCGAAGUCUUGGUUUCGAUGGUAAUGUACAGAAGAACCAAGAAUGAUACUUUCAUGAACGCCAAGAUCCUCGACAUCCCCAAGAGCUACAGCAAGGACAUUAUAGUCCCGUCAACAGCUGAAGAAGACCACGUGUUCAUGACUGUGAUCCGAAAUAUGGAUCUGCAACGUCAAAUUCGUGACGGAGCUUGUUACGAACCGAACGACGAGGACAAGAUCUCCCACGCUGUGGGGCGCUGGGAUCCAUCCAACAUGGAAAAGGAGCUCGAUCGUUUUGCGAAUAAGGGCAAAGGCAAAGGAAAAAGCGAGCUCGGCAACAAGCUUUGCCGUGCCGCAUCUCAUCCCUUCAAUCUUGGUCGUAGGAACAACGGUGAGGAUUGUUCAGCCCAGUACCACAUUUACCCCACGGUCGUUGCCACUGUUGCAUCUUUGGCGAACAAAGUCAUUGCGGCGAGCAAGAAGUCUGGGCCGAUAACCGCAGGAGCCGACAGCCACGGACAGAGGCUCUCAAGAGACCCCAAAAGCCAUGGGAUCUUCCUAGCCUUGGUGGCUACGCCCGAGCGCCACAGGGUCCCACCGAGCCCAAAGACAACCAUGGCAAUGGGAAUUAUUCUGCAGUGGCUUUCGGAUUUCCCGGGGGACAAGAUUGUCGCAGCUGUCCUGGGCCACAUGCUGCAAGUGGCCAACAUACCCUUCCUAUACUACUAUGGCGAGCUGUGUCCUGAAGCAAAGUCCAAAGCUGUCAAGGGCUUUCAAACCGACCCGUCGAAAAAGGUUAUGCUCGUGGGACUGCGUGCCGGCUCAACAGCGUUGGACCUGUAUGCGGCCAACCGCGUCAUCCUCGUGGAUCUGUGGUGGAACACGGCGGUGGAAGACCAAGCGCUUGGACGCGUCUGGAGGAUUGGCCAGGAGAAGAUCACGCACCUGCGUCGAAUCAGAACGACCAUGGAGAUUAACAAUCGCAUCGUCGAGAUGCAGGAGGACAAGCAGGUCAAGGUGCGCAAAACGCUACAGGACGAUGGUCCUUCGCAGGAUGACCCGAGGAAGAGAAGAAAGAGAAACAAGGUGAUUGCAAGAAUGGCGGGCGAGGAUAGCGGAUCGGAGGAUGAGUAG